AUGUCCUGGUCCACUAUUGGGACCUUCGGUGUGCUCGCUUUUGUAGCAGCCGUCACACUCAAUCUUGUCUACCAACUGCUCUUUCGCUUUCUGAAUAAGACUAGGCCACCGUUGGUCUUUCACUGGAUCCCGUUCCUGGGAAGUACAAUCCGCUAUGGAACCGACCCGUACAAGUUUUUCUUCUCCUGUCGUCAGAAGCACGGCGACAUCUUCACCUUUGUGCUUCUGGGGCGUCCUACCACUGUCUACCUAGGCAUAAAGGGCAACGAGUUCAUCCUUAAUGGCAAGCUGAAAGACGUGAACGCUGAAGAGGUGUACGGCCCCUUGACCACUCCGGUGUUUGGACCGGAUGUGGUCUAUGAUUGCCCCAAUUCAAAGCUCAUCGAGCAGAAGAAGUUCAUCAAGUAUGGCCUCACUCAGGCGGCGCUGGAGUCCCACGUGCCAUUGAUUGAGAAGGAGGUCAUGGAUUAUCUCGACUCCUCGCCCAAUUUCCUCGGAGCCUCAGGCGAGGUGGAUAUUUCGGCCGUCAUGGCAGAGAUCACCAUAUUCACUGCGGGGAGUGCCCUCCAGGGAGAAGAAGUGAGAUCCAAACUCAACGCUGAAUUUGCUGUUCUCUGCCAUGAUCUGGACAAGGGAUUCAGCCCGAUUAAUUUCAUGCUUCCCUGGGCGCCCUUACCACAUAACAAGAAACGCGAUGCCGCCCAUACUCUGAUGCACGCCAUCUACCUCGAUAUCAUUGAGAAACGGCGACGUGCCGCGAGAAACGCCAACGGCUCACAAACGCAGGAUAUGAUUGAGAAUCUGAUGCAGUGCACUUACAAGAACGGCCAGAGAUUGCCGGACAAGGAGAUUGCAAAUAUCAUGAUCUCCCUGCUGAUGGCCGGCCAGCAUUCAUCAUCGACAACCAGCUCUUGGAUCAUGUUGCACCUAGCCUCCGAGCCUGCGGUCGUCGAGCAGCUCUACCAAGAGCAGCUGGACAACCUGCCGCGCACUGGUCCCAAUGGCAGUCUGGGUCCCCUUCAAUACGGUGACCUCGACCGCCUCCCGCUACAUCGGAAUGUGAUCAAAGAGACACUCCGUCUCCACACAUCCAUCCACUCCCUCCUACGCAAAGUUAUGAACCCAAUGCCAGUCGCCGGCACACCCUACGUGAUCCCACCCUCGCACGUCGUGCUCUCCGCGCCAGGCGUCACUGCCCUAAGUGAUGAAUAUUUCCCCAAUCCCACGAUGUGGGAUCCCAAUCGCUGGGAAACUCAGGAACCCAAGGUGGACGAGAAGGAGGACAUGGUCGAUUAUGGGUACGGCGUCAUAUCCAAGGGUACCUCCAGUCCAUAUCUCCCCUUCGGGGCAGGGCGUCACCGCUGCAUCGGAGAGAAGUUCGCCUAUGUCAACCUAACGGUCAUCGUGGCCAUAAUGGUGCGGCAUCUGCAGUUUUCCAACAUUGGCGGAAAGACCGGUGUGCCUCGCACGGACUAUUCAUCGAUGUUUUCGGAGCCUAUGAAACCCGCGCGGAUUAACUGGAAGCGACGGACUGCAAAAUCGGGUUAG